GCUCAAUGGGUUGUCUGUGUGGACCUUGCUCUCGGCCUGUGGAAGCACCCUCUUUCGUCCACCCAUCCCCAGUGGAGCCCCAGGAUCAGGGCUCUCCCGGCCUGCAGCUCCUCCCACUUCCCCUCCUGGCCCUUCCCCUGCCUUGCUGGAGCUUGGCACUGACUGCAAGCACAUUCUAGAAGCCGAAAUGGCUGCUGGCUGCCGAGGGCUCAGCAGGAUCGUGGGGGCCUCCGCUGGCCCAGCUGGGAGCCGAGUUCCCUCCAGGGCUGGGGGAAACGUGAAGGCCGAGUACGAUGCAGUGGUGAUAGGAGCAGGACACAAUGGGCUGGUGGCUGCGGCGUACCUACAGAGACUGGGGGUGAACACGGCGGUGUUUGAGAGGCGCCAUGUGAUUGGGGGUGCUGCUGUCACUGAAGAAAUCAUCCCAGGGUUUAAGUUCUCCCGAGCAUCCUACCUCCUCAGCCUGCUGAGGCCGCAGAUUUACAGCGACCUGGAGCUAAAGAAACAUGGGCUGCGGCUUCAUCUUCGAGAUCCCCACUCCUUCACCCCCGUGAUGGAAGAGGGUGCAGGGAGCAAAGUGCCCAGGUCCCUUCUGCUGGGCAGAGACACGGCAGAGAAUCAGAAACAGAUCGCCCAGUUCUCACAGAAAGAUGCCCAGGUCUUUCCAAGAUAUGAGGAGUUCAUGAGCCGCUUGGUUCUGGCCAUUGACCCUCUGCUGGACGCAGCCCCUGUGGACAUGGAGGCCUUCCAGCACCACUCCCUGCUGCAGAGGCUGAAGGCACUGUCCACCCUCAAGCCUCUGCUAAAGGCAGGCCGCAUCCUCGGGGCCCAGCUUCCCCAGUACUACCAGGUCCUCACAGCUCCCAUUACCAAGGUGCUGGACCAGUGGUUCGAAUCUGAGCCUCUGAAAGCUACUCUGGCAACAGAUGCUGUGAUUGGAGCCAUGACAAGUCCCUACACUCCAGGGAGUGGAUAUGUGCUGCUGCACCAUGUGAUGGGGUGCCUGGAGGGACAGCAGGGGGCCUGGGGCUACGUCCAGGGUGGCAUGGGUGCCCUCUCUGAUGCCAUUGCAAGCUCAGCCGCUGUACAUGGAACAAGUAUUUUCACUGAAAAGACAGUGGCCAAGGUGCAAGUGAACAGGGAAGGCCGCGUUCAAGGUGUGGUGCUGCAGGACGGCCAGGAGGUGAAGAGCAGAGUGGUGCUGUCCAGUGCAUCCCCUCAGGUCACCUUCCUGACACUGACACCACAGGAGUGGCUUCCAGAGGCAUUCACGGAGAGGAUCUCACAGCUGGAUACCCAGUCCCCUGUUACCAAGAUCAAUGUGGCUGUGGACAAGCUGCCCAACUUCCUGGCAGCCCCUAAUUCUCCCGGAGGCCAGCCGCUUCCCCAUCACCAGACCUCCAUCCACCUGAACUGCGAAAACACCCACCUCCUCCAUCAGGCCUUUGAAGAUGCCAAAGGUGGCCUGCCUUCCCGCAGGCCUAUGAUUGAGCUCUGUAUCCCGUCCUCGCUGGACCCCACACUGGCUCCUCCUGGCUGCCACGUGAUCUCCCUCUUCACCCAGUACACUCCCUACACACUGGCGGGAGGCAAGGACUGGGAUGAGCAAGAGCGGAAUGCUUACGCAGACAAAGUCUUUGACUGCAUCGAGGCCUACGCCCCUGGCUUCAAGGGCUCUGUGGUGGGCAGAGACAUCCUCACACCGCCAGACUUGGAGAGAGUCUUCGGGCUUCCUGGAGGGAACAUAUUCCACGGUGCAAUGUCCCUGGACCAGCUCUAUUUCGCCCGCCCCAUGCCACUGCACUCUGGGUACCGCUCCCCUCUCUGGGGCCUGUAUCUGUGUGGCAGCGGGGCCCAUCCUGGAGGAGGAGUCAUGGGAGCUGCUGGAAGAAAUGCAGCCCACGUGGUCUAUAAGGACCUUAAGAGCAUGUGACACUGACUCAACCCCAGCCCAGGAGGAAGAACUCACCACUGCCAACAAUUGGCUCAGCUGCCCAGGAAGCUCUGCUCCAAAGGCCACUGCUCUGGGCAGCCA